ACAAAAUUACAAAUAAUAUCCGCGGAUUGCAGCGUCUCUCACAGUCCUCUCCAUCUUCCUUCCUUUCCACAGCAAUGCUGUCGCUCUCUCCAUUAUAUUUUCUCCUCCUCGCUGCUUUUGUGGUCAAUGGCCGGACAGCCGCCACCGGAGAAUACCUUAAACUCCCAUUGCUUUGCAAAACCCCACGUCCAUCCCCUACUCAGUCCCUACUCCUCGACAUUUACCGCCUUUCCCAUCUCCACCGCAUCCCCGACCACAAGCACAAGCAAAUCAUUAAAUCCCCGGUGGUUUCUGGAGCCCCAUCCGGAUCGGGUCAAUACUUCGUGGAGCUCCGGCUGGGCUCCCCUCCCCAGUCUCUGCUUCUAGUGGCAGAUACCGGCAGCGAUCUCCUCUGGGUUACCUGCUCUGCUUGUCGCCAGAAAUGCUCCUUCCUUCAUCGUCCCGGCACCGCAUUUCUCGCUCGCCAUUCCUCUUCCUUUUCUCCCCACCACUGCUUCCACGCUACAUGUAGCCUUGUCCCUCACCCAGACCGGAACCGGUGUAACCGCACUCAACUCCACAGCCCCUGCCGCUACGAAUACGAAUAUUCCGAUGGGUCCAAAACAAGUGGCUUCUUCUCCAAGGACACGACGACGUUGAACACCAGCUCCGGAAGAGAAGCUAAGCUCCCGAACCUCUCCUUCGGAUGCGGUUUUCGGAUCUCGGGUCCUAGUGUCUCCGGCGCCAGCUUCAAUGGGGCCCACGGGGUCUUGGGCCUAGGCCGUGGAUCCAUUUCGUUUACCUCCCAACUGGGCCGUUAUUUUGGAAACAAGUUCUCUUAUUGCCUCAUGGAUUACACAUUAUCUCCGCCACCCACGAGCUACCUCAUGAUCGGCGGCGGACAGAAUGCCGUUUCAAAAAACCCGAAAAUGAGCUUCACUCCGUUGUUGAUCAAUCCUUUGUCUCCCACAUUUUACUACAUUGGGAUCAACGGCGUCUCCGUAAACAACGUGAAAUUACAGAUUGACCCUUCUGUUUGGUCCCUUGACGAGAUGGGCAACGGCGGGACGGUGAUUGAUUCCGGCACGACUCUGACUUUCUUACCAGAGCAGGCUUACCGUCGGAUUCUCACUGCGAUCGAACGGCGAGUGGAGCUACCUGGUCCAGCAGAGCUAACUCCGGGAUUCGACCUCUGCGUGAACACAUCUGGCGGUUCGAUGUCGAGGUUGCCCAGACUGAGCUUCAAGCUAAGCGGCGAUUCGGUGUUUGCACCUCCGCCGAGGAACUAUUUCAUCGAGACGGAGGAGGGAGUGAGGUGCCUGGCGAUUCAAUCCGUUGCCACGGAAACGGGUUUUUCGGUGAUAGGGAAUCUAAUGCAACAAGGGUUCUUCUUCGAGUUCGAUAGGGACAGGUCCCGGCUCGGCUUUUCACGCCAUGGCUGCACCCUGCGUUAACAAUUAAGCAACCCAAGGAGUCUAGAACUCGUUGAGUUACUUUCUUUUAAGUUCGGUGUUUUGCAAUCUGUACUUAAAUGCAAAUUAUGAAAAUAUCAGCCAUUUAUCAAGGAUUCCUUACUAAUUGAAUGGUUAGUAUUUGGUAAGUUAAGGGUGCAUUUGGUUUAUCAGU